CACGUUUUUUGCAAGUGCAUUAUGGGAAACACGUUCGACGCACAUGUGGCCACCUGAUCAGUGCUGAACGAGUCUGGAGGAAGAGCUGCAUGACUCUAUCAUCGGUAGCUAUUUGUAUAAUUAAAACAGGAUUAGCCACACAUAGUAAGAAAAAAUGAAACCAGGUUUCAGCCCGAGAGGAGGUGGAGGUAGAGGAGGCUUUGGUGGAGGUAGAGGAGGCUUUGGAGGGGGUCGAGGAGGCUUUGGAGAAGGUGGAGGUAGAGGAGGUAGAGGAGGCUUUGGAGGAAGAGGAGGAGGAGACAGGGGCGGAAGAGGAGGAUUUCGAGGAGGUAGAGGUGGUGGUGGAGGAUUCAGGUCCCCUGGAGGUGAAGGAGGCUUCCGUGGACGAGGGGGUGGUCGUGGUACUCCUAGAGGAAGAGGAGGAGGACGAGGAGGGUUCAGAGGGGGCAAAAGGGUGACCGUAGAGCCCCAUAGACAUGAAGGAGUUUUUAUCUGCCGUGGUAAGGAGGAUGCCCUGGUCACAAAGAACAUGGUGAUUGGAGAGUCUGUGUACGGAGAGAAGAGAAUAAGUGUUGAGGAAGGGGAAACUAAAAUUGAGUACAGAGCAUGGAAUCCUUUCCGGUCAAAGCUGGCCGCAGCCAUUUUAGGAGGUGUUGACCAGAUCCACAUCAAGCCGGGAGCAAAGGUCAUGUACUUGGGAGCCGCAUCAGGGACUACUGUAUCCCAUGUUUCUGACAUUGUUGGACCGGAGGGGUUGGUGUACGCUGUCGAGUUCUCUCACAGGUCAGGCAGAGACUUGCUGAAUGUGGCCAAAAAGAGAACCAACAUUAUUCCCAUCAUUGAAGAUGCACGACACCCGCACAAGUACCGCAUGCUUGUUGGUAUGGUGGAUGUCAUCUUUGCUGAUGUUGCUCAGCCUGACCAAACGAGAAUCGUCGCCCUGAAUGCACACAAUUUCCUGAAAAAUGGAGGCCAUUUUGUUAUUUCCAUCAAGGCUAACUGCAUUGAUUCAACAGCCGCUCCAGAGGCAGUGUUUGCGUCAGAGGUGAAGAAGAUGAGCUCUGAGAACAUGAAACCUCAGGAACAGCUGACACUGGAGCCGUAUGAGAGAGAUCAUGCAGUUGUUGUGGGAAUCUACAGACCACCACCCAAGCAGAAGAAAUGAGGGUCUUAAUAUUUUAUCACUUCAUCACACAUCCUCCUUUGCUCCUGAAAUAACUGCUUCAGCCACUAGAUGGACCCAGAGCAGAUGACAAAAGACUGAUAUAUCUGAACCAUUUUCCUGUUUCCAUUUAGAUGGGAGUGUAUCCCGCUGAAUGGCACAGGCAACAUAUUGUUUAUGGAGAGUAGCUCUGCUCCCGUUUUUCCUUUGUAUGAUCAUCCUCUGUCAUGUAAUAUACUGUACUGUACUGAGAGAUGAAGUUUGUGUUUUGCUUGUUAGAAUUAUUGGAAGCUAAAUGUGUUAUGUUAACUAAAUCAACAGUUUUCCAAAGCAUACAUUUGUUAUUGUUUUUUUGAAUAUUUUUAGUAAAAAUUUUUAACAAUCAAA